AAAAAAAAACAGAAACAAAAACCUCUCCGAAACACACACGACUUUCAACUAUUCGCAUCGAAAAUUUAUGGCUGACAUUUUGUUUUGUGGCUGCGCUUUAAUUUAUGAACUUAAUGCGUUAAGACAUUUAUAACAAUUUAUCUGGAUUUGCGAUUGCCUCUUUUUCUUCAACUUCUUCAUUUUGGGAUUUUGAUGUUCGAUUAAUUGCCAGAGCAGCUGUCAAUCUUUUAAUUGCUGCGCCUAAGCAGCAGCCGGAAAUAUCCCAUUAUAGUGCCUCAUGAUAGUAAGCGCACACGCACACACACACACACACGCGAAGCUGGCCGAAUGAUGUAUUACUCAUGAGCUGGAAGAUAAAGUGUUUCCAAUCGAUCCAACUAGCUGGUUUUGUGCUUUGCGGCGCUGGCGCUCGCCGAUGUCAAGCAUCUGACAGAUCGCAAUCUGGACCUGUUCAAAUACAAUCCCGGCGAUAUCUAUACCCUGCCCGAGGACAUCGAUGACGACAAGCCGGCCGUGCAGUUCAGCGGCGAUGUGAUGAAGGCCAAGACCGAGAAGCUGCAAAACAUAAAUUCCGGCAAAAAAUAUAAACUCGAAUUGAAGACCCAGAACGGCAUUGAGGUGAACAGCGUGGGCAAAUUGAAGGACGACAAGACCUUUGUGGUGAGCGGCUCGUAUUCGUUUACCGGAGCCGAUGGCAAGCGCUACAAGACCCGCUACACGGCCGAUGAGUUCGGCUACCAUCCCAUCACGGAGCUGGAUCUGGAUCUACCCGAACCUCAGCAGCUGGUGUCUGCGGGUCAGCGGCCCGCCGUGGAUCCGAGCAGCCUGUUGGGCAACAAGAACCGUUUCCAGUUUCUCCAACAGAGCCUGAAUCUCGAACAGGGCGGCCCGCUGCGCGGCAGCGGCCAGAGCGGCGAUGACUACAGCUACAGCGGACCCGGCAGUGCCUACGGCAAUGGCCUCGGCUCCGACAAUGCCUACGGAUCCGGCUCCGACAAUGCCUACGGACCUGGCAAUGGCAAUCCCUAUGGACCUGGCGGCGCCAGUGUCAAUGGCUACGAUUAUCAGCCGCCGGCAGCGCCCUCGCGUCUGUAUCUGCCCACGGCAUAGGUGUCCAGCCCAGCCCAGCCCAGCUCCGCCCCGCCCCGCCCCGUCCUGUUCUGCCAACCGGCAACCACCCCCCUACCCCUCCCCCAAAAAUAAACCCUUUGACCCUAAGCCCAAGUAUUUAGUUUUAAGCGCAACCCUCCAACAGGCAAUUAACAAGUAGCGAAAUUUUUUUUUUUUAUCAUCUUUUAGUGUUAUGCGUAUACAAUAUAUCCCCUGAAACCCUAAUAAUCCCCUACACACACACACACACACACAAACACACUUACACAAAGACAAGCCCAGACAAGACACAAAUGAACAUGACAAUGAAUCUAUAUAUGAAUAUAUAUAUGUAUAUACACUGAGUGAUAUUAGUAGUAAAUAAAAUGGCUAAACUAA